ACCUAUUCUGAUCAUCUCCAUUCCUCCUUCAAUUGCUUAGGUUUGCAAUUGUUGUUCUCUCGUUUCUGUGAUUUUGUUACAAUCUAACAUGUCUACUGCAAAAGCAGGACCCAAGAACAAGAAGAAUGCAACAGAUUCGAAGCAUCUUUCAUUGCAGGAGAAGAAAGAAACUGCAGAUCAAUGCAAAGAAGAAGAGGCUUUGGCCAAAGAAAUAGAAGAAUUGAAGAAAUGGACUGAGACAGUUGAUGCCAUGGAUGAUGAGCAGUUGAAGGAAUACCUUGAGAAUAGGCCUGAAAAGUUCAAGAGUGUGAAGAUCCAGAAGAGCAAGCCAAGACCAAAAAUUUCUGAUGAUGGUAAAGCAGGUUCAGAAGGUUCUCAAGUCUAGAAAUCCUGCUUAUACAGGAAUCAUGGCUGCUGUUUGGAAGUUCCAUAAGGAGGAUUAAUCAGAUGCCCUACCAAAAUCUCAUGCCAAAUGUUUAACAGUGUAGAAGUGCUUGUUAAGUUUGCUCAUGUGAAUCAAAGAACUACACCAAUCCAUUUUCUGCCAUAAAUUGUGCUUUUGCAAAAAUCAUCUUGAACUAAAAAUACAAGUUUAUU